CCUUGAUGUCGGACGAACAGGACGCGAAUGGGUUAGAUGCGACGCUGAGCUUCGUGGAGGAAUUCGUUGCCGAGACCUUCUCGUCGAACGAGAUACCAGCUCUAUCCCCAAGUCCUUCGAUGUUCUCGUCGUCGACGUCGCGUUUUCCAGAUGCAACACGUUGCGAUUUCUACGAGCCAGUCACAGACCCAACUGUCAUGCUAGCUGAGACUUUGGCCAUGGCUCCUUUACCGAGAGUAGAUCAAUGCAACCAUGCAGCUCAUACUGGUCCAAAACAGUCUCAACCGACGAGUAAGAAGCGAAGCUCGACUAAGCCAAGGAAACCUCAAGCCAAUCCGAACCGUGUUCGGAACGAGCUCCGCUUUGAGCCUGCAUACCUUCGAGAGAAGGCUGCACAGCUGGAGCAGGAGUUGAGCUCACUGCAGAAAAAACAACAGGCGAAUUCAGACGCUCUAACUGUCCGAAGACAGACCCCAACGGUGAUCAUCGUCCCUCAUGGAGGCUUGACACAAGAACAUGAAGCGUGGAAAGGGAUAGCUGCACGUCAGCGAAUGCGUCGUGAGGGUGCAGAGCGCGAAAACUCACGACUGAGGAUUAUUGUGGAGAAGCAGAGAAAAAUCGCGGUUGAUUUGGCCAAAUUACUGCGGAAACGAGUUGCCGAGUCCUCACAAAUUAAGGACCCACACACAGAAGAGCGCCGCCUUAGUUGUGUACUUGACUUUCAUGGCGAUAUUGGCGAGUUUCGAGAGCUGUUUGGACACCUUGAGGCUGCAUAUAGUGAGGUGGACACUGUGCUGGCAGCCAACGGUCUAGCAACGAUGGAGCUACCGACCAAUGAUGUUCAUAUCCGUGAAGGCGUUGAUGGCAAAUAUCUCGAGUUCUUUGCCAACAAAGUAGUACCGUUUGGCCUUCACGAAACAGCAGAGGCUGCAUGGGACCAUUUUAAAGGUGCAGAUAAACACUGCGGGAAUGGCGGCAUUUAUGAGAAGGCAGCAAAGAACCUUGACCAGCCUUAUACAGUCCUCGAAGACUUCACAAAAGAACUAUACUCCAAUAGUUCUCGAGCUGAUAUGAAGGCCAAGCAGAUUGUGCGCCGCUACAUUGAGGCAGAGCGCGAGAUAGUAGUGUUCGUGUCAAGAGUAUCUCCCACUGAGAUCCGACACAAGGCGAUCGAGGGUAUGACGUACCAUCUACGAGGUUACGUCGUUACGAAGCCGUCUCCUGCUUCCUCGCCUGGACAUGAAUUGACGAUGUUGCAGUUCUGCUCUCGCAUCUCCAUCGACAAACAGCCCGGAAUAAUAUACGAUCGCGAGCAUAUCCGAACAGUUAUCCGAUUUCUCAUCGGCAAUACUGUGGGCAACAUCCGCUGCUACCAAGAGCGAAUUGAGAACUCACUAAUUGAUAAAGCCUUGCAACAAUGACUCAUUAUAACCCAAUAACAUUCAUGACGUAACCUUGACGGAACAUACUCAAAUCAAGUCUUUUGCGUAAACCA